GGCUGCGCUGGCCGCUGACGUCGCGGGGCUGAGCUCCCGGGAAAGUUUGAAAUCUCUGCGCGAGGGCGCGGCGGGCGGGCGGGCAGCAUGGCUGACGGGGAGCCGCAGCCGCCGGCCGCGCUGCCGCAGAGUGGGGAGGCGGCAGGAGAGGAGGCGCAGCGGGAGGCUCAGCGUCGGGCGGUGGCCGAGGGCGGCCUGCAGGAGCGCGCAGCGGAGCUCAAGCCAGAUCCGCCCCAGGAAGAUGAUGAUUGUAGCGAUUAUGGGAGUCGUGACAAACCAGGAACCACUUUAGGAAGGACUGUGCCAGAUGGGAAUGUGCUUUUUCCAGAUAUUUUUCAAACUGAUCAUCUUUUGUUUUAUGAGCGUUUUAAAGCUUACCAGGAUUACAUUUUGGCUGACUGCAAAGCUUCAGAGGUGAAAGAAUUCACAGCUGAGUACCUGGAGAAGGUCCUUGAACCAUUAGGAUGGCAGGCAAUCUGGCGCACUAAUGUGUUCGAGGUCCUGGUUGAGGUUGUUGAUGUGGAGUACUCGGCUCUGAAAGCAGUUGUGCAACUCAGCGAGCCUUUCCUGUGCGAGUCGCAGGUUAGCACCUUUACUUUGGAGUGCAUGCGGGAACUCUUGGAGCUGAAGGAGCAUCAGAUACCACUGCAGGAGCUGUGGGUUGUGUAUGAUGAGUCGGGAGAGUUUGAUCAGACAGCGCUAGCCAUAGAGCAUGUCAGGUUCUUCUACAAGUGCAUCUGGAGGACUUGGGAUGAGGAGGAGGAAGAUGAUUUUGAUUACUUUGUGCGAUGUGUUGAGCCUCGUCUGAGAUUGCAUUACGACAUUCUUGAACAUCGUGUUCCUUCUGGGCUUGUAGCUGAUUACCAGAACUUGUUGUCUCAGUGUGAGGAGCUCUACAGGAAGUUUUUAAACUUGAGGAGCAGCAUCUCAAGCAGUGAUUCAGACUCCGAAGUAGAAAACGUUUCCAUGGUGGAAGGACUAAAGCUGUAUGAGAAGAUAGAGCAUUUAAAGCAAAAGCUAAAACUAAUCGAGAAUCCUCUUCUGAGGUACGUGUUUGGUUACCAAAAAUACAGUGGUCUCCAAGCUAAAGGACUGAGACCAACGGGAACCAAGAUCACUCAUGUUGUAUCCUCAACCAUGAUGGCAAGUCUGUUGCAGUCACUGAUAAGGGACAAACUUUGUCCUGAAUCUUAUGGUGAAGAACUAGAAAUACAGUUUCACAGUGAUCCACUGGCAGCUGUAAAUGCCUGCUAUGAAGGAGACACUGUCAUCAUCUGUCCUGGUCAUUAUGUUGUAGAUGGCGUGUUCUGCAUUGCUGAUUCAAUUGAACUAGAAGGCUAUGGUCUGCCAGAUGAUAUCGUGAUAGAAAAGCAAGGGAAAGGAGACAACUUUGUUGACUGUACAGGAGCCAACAUAAAGAUCUCCAGUUUGAAGCUAGUGCAACAUGAUGCUGUAGAGGGGAUUUUAAAUGUUCACCAUGGGAAAACCACCCUGGAGAACUGUGUAUUACAGUGUGAGACUACAGGCAUAACAGUACGAACAUCAGCUGAGCUGUUAAUGAAAAACUCAGAUCUGUAUGGUGCUAAGAACUUCUUAGAUGAGAAUUAUGAUAUCCCCAAGAUAACCAUGGUCAAUAACAUGAUUCAUAAUAAUGAAGGAUAUGGAGUGGUCCUAGUUAAACCAACAAUCCCAUCUGAUGUAAAGGAUGUUUCAGCAGAGAGAAGAGAAGGGAAUACACAGCCUCACUCAGGCGAUGAGAGAGCCUGUGUAGAGGGCUUCAGACAUGAAGAACUACCUGAAUGUGUAACUGAUGAACUGGAGCUUUAUGAGCAAGCUGAGAUUUCUGAGCAAACUGAAAGCAACUAUGAAAUUGCAAAUGAACUUGGUGCUACUUCUGCAAAGAAGAGCCAGAUGCACAAGAAAAGGCUGAGUGAACUGGGAAUCACAGAAGCUGAUGACAACUUAAUGUCACAGGAAAUGUUUGUUUCUAUUGUGGGCAAUCAGUUCAAAUGGAAUGGGAAAGGCAGCUUUGGUAUCUUCCUUUUCUGACUGUCCUGACUUUUAAUGGCAUUGCAGUAAAAGAUUUGCACAAGCUAUUAAUUUCACUGCUGCUUUCCAAGAAGUUGGCCUGUUUCAUUUGCCUUCCAUUAUGUUACUAAAAUGGGAUAAAUAUUUAUUAACAGUAUAUAUAUUGCAUGUGGAAAUUUUGCUUCCCUACUGCAAAUAUGGACAACAUGGUAAAAAACAGAUCUCUAAUAUGGAAACCUUGCAUGGAGUCUGCUAAUCUACGUGCUUGUUCUUUGCUGGCUGAUUAAUUUUUUUGAGUGUAUUUAUUUCACUUCUAAUGGUAAAAAUAAAAAAAAAGUCCACCAUGGAAGCACAGACAAACGUGCAGCAGUUAAUGGUACAGUUCCCUCCAUUAAAAAAAAAAAAAAAAAAAAGCUAACCGGCAGCUGAUUCCUCUACAAAAUUGCCUGACUUUUUCAUUUUGUACAUUAAGCAGAAGCUAAUGAAAUGCUCUUCCUUAGAUGUAGUGCUUGGCUGCCGUGUUUUGUACUUGAAGGAUUUUCUAGAAACUUCAGCGCUUGUAUCAUUCAGUGCUCUUUCUUCGUGUGCCAGGUGUUGACUUCCAAGAGCUAACAAUGUUAGUGCACGUUUUCCGUAGGGAGGACAGUGUUUAACUGAAAUUCAUUCAUCUGAGUAAAGAGAAAUUGAAGUAGAUGUGUUUAUCUGCUUAUUAGUGGUAUUCUUGCUGCACCUUUUGGUGCAUACUUUGAAAAUUUUUUAAAUUGUUAUGCCACUAGUAGCAGCAAAUAGAGGCCUUGGAAAUGAAUGGAAAACUUUAAAAACCUGAGUUGCCAUUGAAAUUUCUCAUCAGCCCACAGCUGUGGAACAGAGGCACUUAAGUGGCUCACCCUUGCGUAUUAUUAGUUUUUACUUGAGGGGAAAAAUUGGAUGGACUGCCUGAUUGAGGACUUUCCUUCUUAGUGCCUCUCUGAUUUUUAAUUAAAAUCCUCAUGCCUUCUUCAGACUCUUUAUAUUGUCUUCAAGAUUUUCAGAUCAGUUUUUCAAGCGGUGUGUGAAAUGUAUGUAAGAAAAUAUGAACUUCUAGGUGAUCCAGGUUGUCCUAUAUGACAAAAAAUAAAAUACGAUGUUAAGAGAGGAAAAGCAUGUUGACAGCAAUGGAUUACAGAAUAGCUUCUGAAAGUAGCUUAGCACAGUGUAUAUCCCCAUUAGAAAUGCAUGGGUGGAUGUGAUUUUUCUGCCCAAGGCUUUACACCUCAGUCAUUCUUAAACUGAGGUAAGAAUCAAAAUUCAGUUAAAUACAUGAUCUGUUUCAGUGUGAGCAGCUGACAAUAAGGAAAAGAGAAAGAUGUAACUUAAGAGCAUGUGCUUGCUCUUCAUAUUGUAUUUGAACUGCAGAGAAUUUAUUGCAGCUUUCCUAUCCCACUAUCCUCUUUCUCCUUCCUGCUCAGGACAUUCGACUUCAGGACUAAACUUCAAGUUUUCUUAAGCCUAAAUGCGACUACAGCACUUCAGGUUGCACGAACUCAUGGAUGUCUGCCACUCCGUGACUGUGGAGAAAUGCUCGAGUCAAGUGAAAGCCUAAUGUUAAGGCUGGCAGUAGUUUAGUGUCUUAAGCUGUUCAUCAGGUCGUACACCAUGUUUCAUGCUUUCAUGUCAUGCCUUUAUUUCCUGAUAUGUAAUCCUUAUUAAAGGAGGGGGGCUAAAAAUUGUAAUUUUGUGGUUCUUUUCUCUUGUCUUUUCAGAGCUAAUUUUCUUGAGUGAGUUGCCUCUGUGAUAUGUAGGUGGCAUUUCUUUCUGCUGCACUUCAUUUUAGAGCUGGCUUAUCUCUUGACAGCCUCUUAUCUCCCUUUUUUAAAUUCAAUUUUAAAUUUAUGAAAGUACAAAUUAAAACAUUCCUCUUCAUCUGCUUUCAGUACUGCCACUAUUUUGCUUUUUCCUGUGCCAGAUGCCAACGGUGAUUCUGUUGUGUGCAAAUUGCCAGUAGGUGCAGGAGCAGAAAGAAGAGGCUGCUAGUAAAACCUGUAGCUAUUCUGUCAUGCAGGAAUUGUAUUGUAACUGAUAGUUAAAUGUUUGACAUCUUUUAUGCCUCAAAGGGCUAAACUUUGAAUGCAGCCUUCUCAUCUCAGUUGAGUUAGGUCUUCCAGAUCAGGGGUGUCGCUAAUAAAUACAGGUCUUUGUUUUGCAGCUUUAAUUUAGCUUUGAAGUGGAGAGGGAGAUACGUUUAACUAUGAAGGGCAGGAGCUAAUAUUAGAUCUUGUACACUAGACUAGGGAUUCUGUGUUUGCAAUUAUAAAUGCAGCUUCUGCUCUACGUAAAUAUCUUUCUCUAAAUUUUUAAGGUAUCAAAUUUUCUCUGCUUCUUAAAUUAGAAACUAAUUCCCGAAUGCCUUGUUGCAAGGCCGUCAAAGAAAAGCUGAUGAAAAGACUUGCAAGAAGUGUUUACGUGGCUGCUUUUCUGUUUGACUUGUGCAAAGGAUUGUUAAUGGAUGCUUGUCUUAAAGGUACUUUUUGCUGUAAUGUGGACACUGAUGUGUUGCCCUGAAAAAGCCUUAUUAAUAAUAAAUAGGAAGAAAAAAAGCAGAAAAAACAUGGGUAUCCAGAAGCUUUGAAAAAUCUGAUGGGCUUAGGUCUCUGGCUUACUGACUUGGUUUGUGGAGUAGUCCUAUACAGCUAGACAGCUCUGUCCUCUCUGCAGUAAGGAGGGGGCGGAAUGGGACCUUAAUUGAAAGUGUUUGUAGAUGAAGAUAUUUUGUACUGGGGGAGUUAAGAUACUGUCUUCUAAGGAGUGACAGUGAGAGGGUAUAUCUGGGGAAGAGUAUUGGCUCCUUACAGAAUUUUCAAGGCCAUCCAAACCCCACCCUCUGACAGAGAUGUAGAAGUGUGUCUUCAUAUUACUUGCCCAGUAUUAAUAUGGCUAGGUUUGCUCUAGAUUUAAAAAUUGCAAUUAGUUGUGAAAAUACUGGCUUCAUUAUUUUGGCUUUCAAGUACACGGUUCGUGUCUUCUCAUUGUAUAGUAUACAUACAAAUCAACAGCCCCCAUUAUUAGUAUGUCUGAAGAUUGCAUAAACCAUUCUGCAGCAUGAUGGGGAAGGAGCUGGCUAUGCUAACCUUAUAGCCCAUUUCAAAAUCAUUUUCUCCCAGGAUAAGACUUCUCCAUCCUGCAUAUUUAGCCUGUUGUUUUUAGACUUGCUACACUUUACACCUAUUAAAUGCUGUGUAAACUGCUUGACCCCAUGGCUUGCCUAGUUGACCCUGAUCCCAGUUUAUUGUCUGGCCUUUCCACUAUUUAUUCCUUUCCCAAACCUCGGCAACUUUGAGCUUUGUUUUUUAACCUUUUCCCUGUCCCUUUGUUGAUGCUGAGCUGCACAGAGCCAAGGAUUUGUGUUUCUAGCAGGAUCAGAGAGGAACAACCACUUCACUUCCUUGUACUAAUAUUUUAAAAUUUACCACUUCCCUUGGGAUCUGUGACACUCGGUUCUGUGUUGCCUAGUUCUAUCUUUACAAAAAUUGUAGUGCAUUGGUGCUAAAGUACCUUAAUCAAGAAAACUUAUGAUCUCAAAUUUAUUUUAUUUGUAUUCCAUAAAUCAUGUUGAUUGGUAUUACAUUUUUCAUUUAAUUAUCUGAGCCCCGUAUUAUUGCUGCUUCAAUGCUUGAUUUAAUACUGGCAGACCUGUUGAUUCUUAAAAAUAAAAAGCCUGACAAUA